AUGGUAGUUUCUUAUCAUGAAGAACAACCGCAUAGGAAGCCAAUGGAGGAACAUGAACAAACUGGAAUUACUAGUACUACUAGUACUAGUUUUAUUGAUGAACAAGAACAAGAAGAAGCAUUGAUCGCUCUCGUCAACCACCGUUGUCGUCAAGUCAAAAACCUCCUUGACCAGCUUAAGAAAGCAGAAGAGAAGUACCGAAAUUCUAAAUCCAAGUUGGCUCUUUUUCAAGGUAAGAAAAAUGGGAGUUUAUUAGAUGCUGGAAAGACAAAGCAUGGAUCAAACAGUCUUAUUCGUAAAAAUGAAACUCCUUCCAAAAUUCUUCAUCAAUCAAAGGCUCAACAUUUUAAUCCAAAAACAUCACAAUGCAUACAGUUACCAGAUUCUGCAAAAGCUUUAAUAAAUUAUAACGCUGGAGCUAACCUUACUCAGAGAUUUCCUAUCGAGCUGGAUAACAAAGGAACAAAAAGGAAGUAUGAAAUAAAGGAGCAAAAGUAUUUGGUUUCUUUGAUAGGUACAAGUUCUUCAGCACGAUCUGUGAACUGUCAAAUGACCAGCUCCAUACCAAGUCUACACAAGAAGAGAUUGAGAAGUCUUGCUCUGUGUCCUUUGAAUGAUCAACAUUUUGUGACUAGUGCUUUGGAUGGAGUGAUCCGCUUGUGGGAAGUUCAAUCUCGAGGAUUAGGAGCCAGACUGCUCAGCACUACUGAUUGCGCAUCUGCAGAGCAGAAGAGAUGGCCGGAAGAUAUAGCUUGGCAUCCAGAAGGAAAGAGCCUUUUUUCAGUAUACAGUGCUGAUAGUCCUGACUCUCAAGUAUCAGUUACAAAUUUUAAAGAUGGUGAAAGGAGUGGACAAGUCAAUUUCUUACAAGACAAGCCUCAUGUUAAGGGUGCUAUCAAUAGCAUUGUUUUUCUGCCUUGGGAAUAUUCCAGCUUUGUUACAGCAGGAACUGACCAUACUGUCAUGCUAUGGAGUGAGAAUGAUGAGAAAAAAUGGAAGUCAGAGCCAUUGCAUAGGAAUAUUCAUACUUCUGCUGUCAUGGGAGUUGCUGGUGUUCAGCACAAGAAAAUUGUGCUGUCUGUUGGUCAAGACAAGAGAAUUUUGGGGUACAAUGCUCACGUGGGAAGACAAGAUUUCAUACAUCAAGUUGAUAGUAAAUGCUUGAGUAUAUUGCCAAAUCCAGUUGACUUCAAUUUGUUCAUGGUUCAAACAGGGACUCGUGAAAAGCAACUUCGAUUAUUUGAUAUUAGAUUGAAGCUGAAAGAGGUUCAUGCAUUUGGGUGGAAGCAAGAAAGAAGGGAUACACAAUCAGCUCUGGUAAAUCAGGAUUGGUCUCCCAAUGGAUUAUACAUAACAUCUGGUUCAGAUGAUCCAUUGAUUCACAUAUUUGAUAUUAGAUAUAAUGGUCAUGAACCUUCACAAUCUAUCAAAGCUCAUCAGAAAAGAGUCUUCAGAGCCAUGUGGCAUCACUCUCGUCCACUUCUCAUUUCCAUAUCAUCUGAUUCCAACAUUGGAUUCCACAAGCGUGUGCAGUGAUAGUUAAAUUACUUGAUUGAGGUUAAAUUAAUUGAUUCAUGUUUGGUAGUGAUAGUUUCAAAGUAAGUUUAGAAUUUUUUUUUUUAGAUAGACAAAAUUACAAUAACUAUUGAAAAUUCAUACACAGUGUGUGUGAUAGUUUGUGGUUUGAUACUUGAUCAAGUAAGUGCACAUAGGCCAAAAACAUAAAAUUCA